UCCCGGGACGGAUGAGCCAAUCAGCUCACUUUUCACAAAAACGCAUUUGCUUCAACUUCCUAGCGGGAAGAAGCUAUUCGAGGUUGUCCCCAGGCAGCAGGAAUUGAGGAAGCCGAAGGAUGAGGCUGUCCCGUGCAGAGUAUAAAGAGAUAGCGAGGUGGACUGAACAGCUGAGACCUACUCGGCAAUGUAUGAAGAUGCUGAAAGACAGAUUUCUUCAUCACUCGCAGUCCACUCUUCUGAGCAUCUUCUCCCUGGAGUACCAGAAACGAACUAAAAGAACAAUGUCAAGACAUCAUGUGCCAGAUGUUAUGGAGAGAUACUACCAAAGGUAUCUGAAUGAAACCAAGGUUCGCCCCACUGCUCCUGUCCUGCUGGAGUUGGCAAAUGAGGUGGAUCUGUCUCCUGCUCUUAUGGCUCGUAUUAUCCUGGAUCGGUUCCUUAAGGACAUGGACGGCGAAAUGCCUUCCAAAACUGUUUUAAACAGCAUGCUGAAGGAGCCGUCACUAAUUCAGGACCACAUUCUUGCAAAUAACAUCUACCAAUGCACAAUAAAUGACUGCUGUUAUGGACCGCUGGUAGACUGCAUCAAACACGCUGUCGGCCAGGAGCACGAGGUGCUACUCUGUGACAAGCUGAUGGAGAGAAACCUUUCUUUCCUGGAUGAAAACCAGCUGAGAACUAUGGGCUACGACAAAACACCAGAUAUCAUCUUAGAGGUUCCUGUAGCUGUAGAAGGUCACAUCAUACAUUGGAUUGAGAGCAAAGCAUCUUUUGGAGACGAUCACAGCCAUCGAACAUACCUCAAUGAGCAGUUCUGGAGCUACUGGAACAGCUUUAGAAUGUGGAGCUGGAAUGCAAUGAGCUACAUAUCAGAACCCCCAACUGGGUCAGAGUCCUGUCGACACUUCCUAAGGUUUGGCCCAGGCCUUGUGAUCUACUGGUAUGGUUUCAUAGAAGAGCUGGACUGCCAGAGGGACAGAGGUAUCCUACUUAAAGACUGUUUCCCUACAGACAUCAUUACACUCUGUCACGCCACCGAGCUAGAGCAAUUGUCUGAAAGCCAGAAGGAGGACAAAGAGUGAGAGAAGUUCAGAACCGGGGAGGAAAAAAAAAAUCCCCCAGAAAUGAAGACGUCCCAUUGAAAGGAACAAAAGACGUGGAGCAGUGAGGUGUUGGGAAGAACAGGAACACUGAACUAUGCAGGGCAAGAUUCCUACUGUAGAUCCGGAAGCAAUUAGGCUUUCCUGCAACGUGAUGCAGCUGGCAAGAAUCUGCCCUGAACUCCACCUGACCCCCUUUCUCCAUCUGUAUCUGUCUUUCUUCCUCCCAUUCAUUGCGCCAACCUCGCAAGACACACAACGGCAUUCUGGAUAUCUGACGGUGCACAGCCCAAUUCGGCUUGUGGUCAACACCUGGCCCUUGGAUGGCCUCUCGCAGUGGAUAGCCAAGGCCGAGGCAGGACACAAGACCCUCUCUUAUCGCACCCCAAGCCCUGGCCUUUGUCACUCCUUCCGCCUCUGUUCCACUGGGCAGAUAAGAGCGGUGCGGUCUGGGGGCUGGGUGGGCGCCUGUCUCUCACCUGCGUCACUCUGUGCCCUCUCAGUCACUCUGCAGGGGGGUAAACGGGAUCAUUUCUGAUUAGGGUUGCCCUCACAAUGACCCUUCAUACAUGCUUAUUUCUGUACAUUGUUUUAAAACUCUUCUAUAUACAGUUGGCAACUUUUUGGUUAAUAAUCAUAUAGCUUCAGCUAAUUAUAUUGUCAUCCAACUGAAAAUACUUUUCCAGAGUGAUUUGUUCUACAGCUUCUGAUCAUUUUAAUUUACUUGCAAAUCAAAAAGAAUAGAAUCGUAUGUAGUGUUUGAGAUCCUGAUGAUUUUACAUAAAAACUAAUUGAAUAAAAAAUUUUAUUAUUAUUAUUUCAAUUUUUUGGUGCUAUCUUUAUAAUUAGCAAUGACUAAUUGUAAGUUAUCAAAAGUUCCUAUAUUUUUAAGUCUGUUUUCAAAUUAUAACCUUAAGGGAAAAUAACAUUGUUUUAUUGACUUUAAGUGGGAAGUUUGUACAAAAAUAUAUUGCAUAUAACUGGGUAGCACAUUUUUAGUUUCCACAUAAUAACUUUUUUGGGGAACCAAAGAUGUUUCCAACACAUGUGGGAGCAAAUGAUGAUAUAUUAUGUAAACUAACUUCUGGUUUAAAGGGAAGAUGUGUCAACAUUUCUUUCAGCCAGCUGAGCAGCAGUGUGCAUGCAACAUGUGAUUAGAAGGGCUGCGCUGCAAAGCUCUGUGCUGCAAGCAGCUAGAGAUUUCUUUUUUUGAUCUCAUUAAAAUUAUUUUAACCACAGAAACAAUAUCACUGUAAAUUCUUUUGAAACUGUAACUUUUUAAAACAUUCCUAGUCUGGUACUGGUAACCCAACCUAUGAGCAUAACAUUAGUUUAUGUGAAAUAAUCCCAGGAAAAGACUAAAAAUUUCAACAACAAAAAAAAAAGAAUUGAAUGACUCGUUUUACUCUGAAGUCAAACUUGGGUGUUCUGAGCAAAGCCAUUGAAAGUUUAUUUUGCAAGGUUCACAACGCAACACAAUGUAACGCAUAAAAAAGGGGGAAGUAGAAGGUUGCUUCUUAAAUCAACACAUUAAAAAUAUUUUUUUAGAGAUUUUAUUUCUGUCUUCACUUAGAUAAAUACACCCAUUCAUUUUGUGUUUUAGAAUUUGUGUCCCUCCUUCCCAACUUGUUUGUCUGUGUUUAACCAAAUUUCUUUGUCAGGUGUAAAGUCUGUAUCAUCUCUUUGGUUAUGUGACUGCCUGCCAGUUACCCACAACACUUGAUUACCAUGUAAAGUCUGGUGACCAUUUAGUGACUGUCUGUUGCUCAUCUUUAUAACUCGUGAACUCUUCAUAAGCGGCUGAGAGAACACACACAGCUGGGCUUUGGGAACCUGAACAUAAAGUUGAGUGAUGCUUUCAGAGACAGAAAUGCAUUGCCUACAGGAGGUCUCGGUUCUCCGCAUUAUGGCACACAAAAACAAUAGGAGAGAGGGAAAUCAAAGGUUGAGGGACCUUAUGUGAGAGGAAAAUCAUUCCCCUUGUUCAAACUGCAGGAUUGAACCAAAUACACAAGAGAGGUCGUUGUUUUCUGUUGGUAGUUUGCAAAUGUCACCUGCUAUGCUGCUGAAAGUUCAUCUAAACUGCAACUCGUGAUAAAAUAAGGCAGUAGUGAUUCUGAAGUCUUCAUUACACGGUCAAAUUUGACACUGAAAAGCAAGUUCUCAACCUGAGUAAAAAUAGGUGUUCUUAUUUCUGCAGGCAUGAACUGUUCACGCAGCUAGAAAGUUAUGGUAUGUGGGGGUUAAAUAUCCCUAAAGUGUUGCUUGAUUUGUUACCCUUAAACCUCUAACCCUCAGCCGGCUCUCUUCUAGGCCUUGAUCCCUCCAUGAGGAGACCACUGGGUCACCACGGGGUCGACAGGCAGCAGUGGCUUCCUCUGUCAGGCCCCACUCCCCCCCUACCCCCAUCUCACCCUUGUGGUGCAAAACAACUGUCCCCAUGUGUCCAGUUAAACUCAACCCUAUUGCCUGGCCAUGGUAUGCUCAGACAUCAGUUUAUGGCUCCUGUUGGACACAAAAACAGAGCUAUUUUACACAGGGAGGAAGAAAAAAAAUCUCCAUUGAACAAGAGCAGAAUAAAUGGAAAACAGCAGAUUGAGUUCCUCUUAAGUUUCAAGCCUUCCUGUCAUUGUUUUCCAAGAUGGCUGUGGCAACAAAGAGUAGCUAGGAUCAGCUCCUAUAAAUUAGGCUGUGCACAUUAAAUACAGCUUUUUUAAAAACCUACUUCAAAGGCAAGUGCCGACAUCAAAGUCAGCUGACAAGAUUUCCAUGAUGUCAAUGCAAAUAUAGAAAUAAAUAGCUUCUAUGUAAUUA